AUGGAGACUGGGGGAGUGCUGAACGAGGUGCAUCACCUCUCCCCUUCUCUCCCCCCCACUCCACUCCUCUCCACACCUCUCUACUCCUCUCUACUCCUCUCUACUCCUCUCUACACCUCUCUACACCUCUCUACACCUCUCUACACCUCUCUACACCUCUCUAAUCCUCUCUACUCCUCUCUACUCCUCUCCUACCCGCCCCCCAUCAGUUUUUGGACGGUGGAGACUGGAGGAGUGCUGAACGAGGUGCAUCAUUUCUACUGCUAUCCUGGCGGGUGGGAGGAGAGGGACGCAGUGAGAGCAGGCAUGGCGGGCAGCAGGGGGUGGACUCAUGAGUACCUGCCUCUGGUGAAGCCAGCAUUCCAAUCGCAGGAAUCGAGCAUUUUCCUGGAAGAUUCCAAGUGCAUGGCUGCAGUGGCAGAGGCUGCAGCAAGCUCUUCAACCUCUUCCUCCGCUUCACCAACAUCAGUAUCGCCUUCACCACCAGCACCACUUGAACCAUCACCAGCAUCCCCCGGGGUGUAUGAGCUCCGUUGCUACAAGGCACGAGGGGAGCCUGAGAGCCCUAGCACUACUCACAGCAUCCAGGAAACAUUUUCUUUAACCCUCUCUGCACGCAUGGCAGCUGUUCCCUCCUCUCGCUGCCUCUUUAUUGGCUGCUCUGAUGCCGGGCCAUACAGUGCCCUAGAGCUGUGGCGCCACAGCAGCACCACUGACUGCUACUUGGCUGAUAAG